GAAAUUUGGUGAGCGACCUCCACCGAAGCGGCUCACCAGGGAAGCGAUGAGGAACUAUUUAAAGGAGCGCGGCGAUCAAACAGUCCUAAUACUUCACGCAAAAGUGGCUCAGAAAUCCUAUGGAAACGAAAAGAGAUUUUUUUGCCCUCCUCCGUGCGUCUAUCUUAUGGGUAGCGGAUGGAAGAAAAAAAAAGAACAAAUGGAACGAGACGGCUGCUCUGAGCAGGAAUCUCAGCCAUGCGCCUUUAUCGGGAUUGGGAAUAGCGACCAAGAGAUGCAGCAGUUGAACUUGGAAGGAAAGAACUAUUGCACAGCUAAAACUUUGUACAUAUCAGACUCUGACAAGCGAAAGCACUUCAUGUUAUCCGUAAAAAUGUUCUAUGGCAAUAGCGACGAUAUCGGUGUGUUCCUUAGUAAACGGAUCAAAGUCAUCUCCAAGCCUUCGAAAAAGAAACAAUCGCUAAAAAAUGCAGACUGUAAGUAUUGGCCAAGCGAGGCUUCAUUGACUGUGGUCGAUGUUUCACAUAUGUUGCUUAAAGAGAUGAUUAAUGAUGGAGCUUCAUGGACAAUCAUUAGCACAGAUAAAGCAGAAUAUACAUUUUAUGAGGGCAUGGGACCCGUCCACGCUCCCGUAACACCUGUGCCUGUCGUUGAAAGUCUGCAGCUCAACGGUGGUGGAGAUGUAGCGAUGCUGGAACUAACCGGGCAGAACUUCACUCCAAAUUUGCGUGUCUGGUUUGGGGAUGUGGAAGCGGAAACGAUGUACAGAUGCGCCGAGAGCAUGCUGUGCGUCGUCCCGGAUAUCUCGGCAUUCCGGGAAGGAUGGCGGUGGGUCCGCCAGCCCGUCCAGGUUCCGGUCACGUUAGUGCGCAACGAUGGCAUCAUUUACUCCACCAGCCUUACCUUCACCUACACCCCAGAGCCCGGCCCCCGGCCGCAUUGCAGCGCAGCGGGGGCCAUCCUCCGAGCCAACUCAAGCCUCCUGUCCCCCAGCGAAGCGAACACAAACAACGAGGGAAGUUACACAAACGUCAGCACGAACCCCACCAGCGUCACGUCGACAGCCACCGUGGUUUCCUAACCACUGCUCUUUGUGCGGAACUUCUUUAAAAAAAAAAAAAAACUUUUCAAGUGCUUCAAACAAUAAAACCGAACAACUUUUUUUGUGGUUUCGCGAGGGGAAAGAAAAAAGAAGAAGAAAAAGAAUCGACCCCUCCUUGCCGCCGUAUGUACUUUUUAAAUCACCUACAAGUGCUGAUUUUAACUCGAAGCCACAAUAAAAAAAAAUGAAAUGCGUUGGGGGCCAGCACCCCUUUACGGAAAAUCUAUUU